AUGCUGCAGUGUAUUUUAUGCAGACGAUUGUUUCAUGUUGGUAAGUUUCCUCUACAGUGUUCAGUGAGGCUAACUAAAGGACUUAUAUCUUUUUUGUAAGUGUGUCUGUCUGUUUUGUGCUUUGUGCUGAUUGUUAGCUAAAGGGAUCAAUAGCUUUUCUUUUUGAGCAAAUCCUGGCUGUAAACAGCUGAGCAUUUACAAUUUUAUACUAUACCGUAAAAUUCCAAAAAAAAGCCCCUCCAUGUAUAAGCCCCUCCAAAUAUAAGCCCCCCAAACCGGUAACGCAAAAAACCCUCCACUAAAUCGCCCCUCCAAAUAUAAGCCCCCCAGGGGCCUCUACUUGGAAAAUUGCUUUCAAAUACAAAGUAAAACAAAGCUAAAACGGUACAUUUACUUCCAACUAUAAGGCUAGCCCAAUCAAUUUUUGAAACGCAAAUAUCCCUCCGUAGAUAAGCCCCUCUGUAUAUAAGCCCCUCAAGAAGGGCGUUUGAAAAAUAUAAGCCCCAGGGCUUAUUUUCGGAAUUUUAUGGUAUGUUCAGCCUUAAAAAGAUAGAAAGAAAAGGGAAGGAAUAAAAAGUUUCUGUUUUUUUUUUCAGGCUGUCUUAAGAGUGGCAAACCCAGUGCACUUGUGGGAGAUUUGUUCUUUGAUUUAACAUGUGCAAAUUGUUCUGUGGAAGGCUCAGAAUCUUGCACAAGACAAAACUUGAGCUGGUUGGUGUUGUUAAAUAAUCCAUUAACUGCUACUGUUAUUUUGGAUUCGGAAUAAAAUGAGUGGGAUGCAAGGGGUGAAGAAUGAAUAGACGGAGAAAGGUUAGGAAAUGAGGGAGAGGGAGAGGUGAAGGAAGGGAGGGAGGUAUGAAAAGCAGGAGGGACGGAAGAAAUGAGAGAGAGAGAGAAUGGAGGAAUACAUGUACCAGUAAAGGAAAAAAAGAAGGAUUGAAGGAGGGAGCAGGUGGUACAUGUAUCAUGGAUGGAUGGAUGGAGAGAGAUACAAUUGGUGGUAGGAAGGGAAAAUUAGGGAAGGAUGGAAAGAGGAAGGGAAGAAAUGAUUGAGGGAUGGAAGGGUCAGAGAUGGGAGAGAUUGAGUAAAUAAGGGUGGGGUGGAAAGGGAAGUGACGAAAUUUCCGAGGGAUAUGGAAGGAUGAAGGGUGUGAGAUAUUGAGAAAGGGAUGGAAAGAGGAUUAAAGAGAUAAAGAGAGUCAAUGAGGGAGGGAUGGAGGAGGAGGGAAUGAGGGAGGGGUGGAAGAGUGAUGGAGGGAUAGACCUGGUCUGAUUGCACUGUCUUUUUCUAGGAUACAGGCUGUUUACCUGUCAUUGUACAAUCUGUACUCCACCAGCAGGGGACGGAAAGGCUAUUUUAGAUGGAGGGAAGACAUAUGUCAUUUCAUUGACAAGAACUGGAUGGUUUUAUUUCCUAAGAAGUAAGCAUACUCCUACAGUUAUCUAAAUCUUGCUUAGUCAUCCUUAGCCUUCUAUGAUGGACUCAUAAUUCUUCAAGGUAGUGUGUAAAAUAAUUAAUGAGCAAUUAAAAGGAUUUUUUCAGUGUAUAUACUUAAAGUCUGGGUAGUGACAAUCAACUCUUUCCUAGUCAGCCCUUCUUCCUCAUAGUAACUUCAUUCUAGCUAUCCAAGCAGUGUUUGGCUCCAGCUGGGUGUCCUGUAACUCAAGUAUCUACCAGGAAAUUCUUUUUACAGAAAACGUAUCAAGCUUAAUGUAUUGGGUAUCCUGUGGCACAUAUUUACCUAAGGCUGUAUUCACACAAAACCAGACAUUUUUGAGUGCCGACAUGAAAAGCUCUCCAGUGUAGUAUGAACACCUAUCCGAGAUGUGACUCUCCACUUUAGGGAUCAGCGUGGUGCAGCUUUGCUCUGUUUCAAAAAUCACAGUACUUAUGUGUGAACAGAGGCGAUAUACAUACAGUAUGGUUGUUGUGCUGGUGCAAAAGCGAUGCGAUAUAGCAUGAACAUAGCCUUAAUCUUUCAGGAAAAAGACAAACAAUUGGGCGAGUACAGUGGCUGGUGUGUUGUCAUCGGGGUGUCCGCAGUUUUUCAAGUCAGGACAAAAGGAAUUUAACAAAGAGACAGGAUGGUGGGCCUUACAGGAAAAUGUUGCACCAGCGGUAAAAUUUCGUGAACAAGGUUUGUUUCUUCUUUACUUAUUCAUUGCAAUUUUUCCUUAAUGAAAAUAAUAAAAAAAUGUUGAUUUUUUUUAAAAUAGGAGUAGAACAACUGGCUCCAAGUAUUCCUCAAAAGGUCCUUAAAUACAGCGAGCAAAAAAAGGUUGGAUUCUAGCUUGUCUUUUGGACAAGCAGCUCUGAUCUCAUGCACAUUUUGCUUGCCCAGAGCCAUUGCUUGCUUUUGUAAGAUAAUGAUUUUGUUGCCAGGUGACUUAGUUCCCUGGACCCUUGCCCAUUUGGACAAGUGCAGUUAAAAAGUUACUUACCCUGAAAGAAAAUCAGCCUGUCCUGGAUAACCACACAAGAUAUUUUUUGAGCCCUAAAAUACUGGUUGGGCACCUUUUUUGUAACCUCUGAUAAUGGAAAAGGGACCCAUAGUGAGGGGUCAUGUUGCUAGGUCAUGUCAUAGCUAUAUGCAGUUAACAAAAUUACAUGCAGUGCACACAUAGGAACAUGAUGUGGGCAUGUGAAGGAUGGACAAAAUCACAAUGUCACACACAAGGAAAUGCUUUUCCUCAACACACUUUCACUGACUCAAAGAAUUAGCCGCUGCUUCUCAAUGCCUGAACUAUUGAUUCAUUUGCAAGGUCAUGUCGCCCAAACAUACACACUCAUACUCAUUCGCCACUUUUCAUCACUGGAAACAUGCCAAUCGGUAGCCUGAGAAAACAGCCAACAUUUGGCAACUCUACCACUGGUUUCCCCACCGAAUGACGUCUGAGAAACGAGUGCAGAAAUUCCAUACUGAUGACACGUCACUACCCAGAUCUGGGUAGUAAUUAGCUAUUGGCCAAUUUUUUUCUUGGUCCCUAUAGUAACAGUCCUAGAAGUCUUCGCCAAAGUUAACCCAGUCCAGUUUACGUCUUGUGUCUAAAGUGGCAAAUGGCACCUGCAACAUUUUGCUCUUGUGAUAUGUUCAGUAAACUUCAUGCCACAUGACAGAAGGCAGGAACAAAUUUCCGCCCAAAUGUGUGUCUAUAACGUGGUGACCCUUUCAAUGUUAUUGUUUAACUACAGGUAGUAUGGUUAAUAAACGUAAAAGAAAAGGAGGAAACCAAGCCUCAGGAAACAGGUCAAAGAUCUCUCAAAACAUAGACAAAGGACUGCCUUUAAUGGAACUCACACAACCUACACUGGAUGAUGAACACAAAGCACAGGUAUCAAAUCUUUUCCAGUGUCUUGCACCUCAUGUAAUGAUAUCACCCCAUGUAAGGAAAUCCAAGACAGUCUUGGAUUCUGGAUCCCACUCCAUGGAUUCAGGAUUCUUUGUCAGUGGAACUUGGAUCCAGAUUCCAAACAUUAGUGGGAUUCUAGAUUCCUUGAGCUGUAAUCUGGACUCCAGAGCCCAGGAUUCCGCAUGCCAAAACUCACAUUUCCCAGAUUCGGCAAUUUGGAUUCCCUUACAUCAAGGUUAAAAUGAUAGGAAGCUUGCAAUCACCCUGGUGACAGCAGUGAAGUAGAGACUAUAGGCAGCCAUCUUACUUUCUUGUUCAAGUCCAUCAAGCAAAUGUGUGACAGCUGAAAUGGCCAUGCUUGCAACUGAAGGCCUGAAAAAAAGCCUGACACUUCACAUCUCCUGAACUCUGCUUUGCCACUAGCCGCUCACAUGUUUCUCAUGCCACUCGUCAAAUUUACAAAUCUUCUAGUGAAAAUGUAACUUGUUAUGGAGUGAAAUCGUGUCCUUUUAAACUCCUUUUCAAUUAUUCCUACUGGUAUAAUUUGACAACUGCACUUUUAAGGCGAAUUUAAAUGCAGUAGUUAGUUCUCAGUUAAAAGUCAUCUAAGUUCAAGUGGGAAGGAAACAGUGGCAUGUGCUCAUGUCCUCCAUGAAACGUCACCUUAAAACCUUUUUACACAAACAAUCUUAACUUCGAAUUUUGAUUCAAUUUUAGGGGUUAUUUCAAAUCGAAAGGCAGUGUAAACAAACAACUGACACUGACAGAGAAGACAAUUUACAAAUAAUCUCAUAGAAGAAAUAUGAAAGAGGCCAGUAUUUUUUCCUCUACACAGUAACCAACUAAUGAUAUUUUCUUGUGAAUUUCUUCUAGUCAUUAGCUGUAACAGACAGUAGUAAAUCUGACGACUUAAUGCCACAGUUACUUACCGACGAAGAUAUGCGUGAGCUAGACUCACUGAACUCUGAAUCAGGUGUGUAUUCGCCUCCUGGGGUCCGUUUCUCGAAAGUCCCGACAGUUUUUCGGGCCCGAAAUGCACUUUUAUGUUUACCGUGUUUGCAUUCAAGAUCAAGGUUUCAACAAUUUUGAUAAUGGCACGAUGAAAGUAUCAGUUUACGAAGCAUGAUUGACCGGUUUGUGAGCUAGGAACCGCGCUACUAUUCAAGAGGCGUUGAUUUCAAAAUUUGCCUUCGGACCCGAAAAGUUACCGGGCUUUUCGAGAUACAGUUAACUUUUGUAAAGACCUCAGGGACUGUUACUAGGAACUUUGAUACGAUCUCCAAUUUUGAAGAUCCCGUUGGUAAGAUCAUGAACUUUCAACACCUUACCGACAAGAUGUACUGUGACCUUUUGAUGAAGUGAAAAGUAGAGGAAAACCAGACUUUUAUAAACCCUUAAACCCUUUUUUCUGUUUGUUUUUAAAAUACAAUCACUCGCUAUAGUUUCUUACUUUUUAUUGUAAUUUCCAGGAUUUGAUUCUUUCUCCAACCUCUUAUCAACGAGUUUUGAGGAUGUAGACAGCACUUCUUUCUUUUUUACUGGCGAAGAGGAGCAGGCAGGUUCGUUAGUUUUAUCCUAGAUGUAAACCAGUUUGUUCGGUAACUAGGGUCACCUGCUCAGUUUCUGGCAGCGCAUGGUCUUAAAAGAAGAGUGAAAGCUAGCCUGAGUAUCAGGCGUUUCUGGGAGAAAAGGGGAAAGAUGGAAGCGAAAAAGGGAGAGAGCUGCUCCCCCCUCUCCCCUCCCCCAUCAAAAAUCUCGUCUCCCCUAUCCCCUUAGGAAGGCCUGAUACUCAGGCUAAGUGAAAGCUGAAGUUUAGGCUUCAUAUACAUGUUUGAAGUCGGAGAGUAGAGUAUUUUACAUACUAGUUCCUUGGAGAUUCCCUACCCUAACUUUUGAAAACUAAUCGUGUGUCUGUUGGGUACGUACUUAUGGAAACCGUGUAAACGUAGCGUGAGUUGUUGAAUUUUUUUUUGAAGCAGCUUUUUUACCUUUAGAUUCAGAAACCAAACAAGAGGAUACUGAAUCCGUAGCAUCGACUGUUACAUCAGAUAUUUCAAGUAAAAACCAACAGUCUGACUCACUCCAGACCAAGGUCAAGAGUAAGCCAAUUAAAACAACCGCGAGCACCUCGCAGUCAAGGUUAGUACACAUGCGUCUGCGGACUGAAUGCUACACUUUUUGUGACCGUUCAAAUGAAACCUGUCCAGCAAUACUUUCGCAUGGUACUAUUUUUGGUGUAUGCUAUUCUAACUUUGGUGUCUGUGGACGAAAUCCUAUGGUGUUACCAUUCAAAUGUGGUCUCUUAAACAGUAUUUUCACAUGUUACUAUUUGUUUUGUACAUUCAUACUAACUUUUGAAGCCUGUGCUUGACAUUCUGUGGUGUGACCAUUCAACUGAAACCUCACUAGCUAGGCUGAAUUUCGGCGUCCGUCGAGUCGCAUACUCGAGGGGACGUCGGAAAUUCAGGCUGUUCUUUCACAUGGUAAAAUUUGUUUUCAUUAUUUUUUUUAGCAACAACAAAAACAAAAAUAAAUUUCAUAUUUUUCAUGAAUUUUUGUGUAAGCUACUGUUUAAAGAGAAAGAGUUAACCGCACGCGAUGUUCGUUAACACUUUCUUGUUGCUUUCAGCUUAUUUUUGGUCUCGGAGGAAAAGGAAAAGGAUCUAUUACUGAGAUUAAAUUCCUGUCCUAAGGCGGUACACCAUGACCCAGUGGCGAGGAGAUUUAGAAGGAAGCUUAUGCUACGCCAGGUAUCAUUAGAGACCUUUAGAUUUUACGACGAGUACGACUACGAGUACGAGAUUUAACACAAAGUUUUUUUGGCGUAUUCUCAAAUAAUAGACACCCUAGAUAGCUUCAUUGUACAUCUUUUUCACCAAAAAAAUAAGCACUGUUAUCUUGAUUGAACGGGAGGUUAAGCUGUCUCCCUGCCGCAAAAUAAUAAAACCUAUAACACUUUAUAACUUUUGUCCGCUAACACGACAUUCCCGCUACAACUUGUAGCAGAAUGACGGGAACUAUCACGUUUUCCCGCCAAAAUGACGCUGGUUUACGCGCGCUUACUCGAGAAAAUCUCGUACUCGUCUUAGUAUCUAAAGCUCUCUAUUAAAAGCGGACGACAACUUAGGUUAUGUUCACACUCUACCAGACAGUUUUCGUCCCGACCCGAAUACCCAUCUGAUAUAGUAUAAACACCUAUCCGAUAUGUGACUCCCCACUUUAGAGAUCGGCGAAGCGCAACGUCGCUACGUUAUAGAAAUUGCGCUAAAAUCACCGUUCUUAUGUAUGAAUGGAAGCCCUAUCCAGUAAAGUAUAAACACCUAUCAGAUAUGUGACUCUCCACUUUAGAGAUAGACUUGCUACGAGUCGACCUCUUGGCGAGCGGAGCGAGCCUUGUUUGGCCGCGAAGCGGCCGACCGCGACCGACGAAGUCGCGAGAGGUCGUCCUUCGUCCCGCGCCAUUUGAAAUCCUACGAAGGACUUUUUUGAAAGUCUACUUUAGAGAUCGGCGAAGCGCAACUUCGCUCCGUUAUAGAAAUCGCGCUAAAAUCACCGUUCUUAUGUAUGAAGGGAAGCACUAUCCUGUAUGGUUUUCGUGCCCGCGCAAAAGCUCUCCGGCAUAGUAUGAACACAGCCUUAAUUAGCAAAACAACACAUUUGCACAUACUACGAGAAGUUCUAGCAAGUGCUAUGAUAAGUUUAAUCACCAAAACAACACACUGCGAGGAGGUUUAAUUAUCAAAUUAAUUAGCAAAACAAAACAUUUGCACGUGCCACGAGAAAUUCCAGCAUGUGCCAUGAUAAGUUUAAUCAACAAAACAACACACUGCACGUGAGGUUUAAUUAUCAAAACAAUAAAUUUCCAAGAAAGUUUUUGAGGCCCUGUCCACAGGAAUCCGCCGGAUAUUUGUGUCGUCGAGAUAGCUCUGAGAAAGGCUGCACGUGGCAUUGAUAGUGUGAAUAAUGUAAUUCUCUUUUGUUCUAUUCAGCUAAAAAGGUCUAAAGGAUUGAAAUUAUUUGACCUGGACGAGUCUGUUUCCGAGGCUAUUAGUUCAACUGUGAGAUACAAGCUAACCCCAGAUGGCGCGGUACCUAUUGAGGUAAGCAAACGUGAGGAAUAGUACUAAACGUUGCCUUUCGUUUCUCGGUAUUUGGGAAGGCCUUGGGAGAGUAUAAGCGUAGUUUGUUGUUCGUCUCGAGUGUUUCUCGAGUGCUCCUGUUUCUUUUUCUCCAGGUUCUCUCUCGUUACGUCUCGUUAGAAGCCUAGACCGCAGCCAGUUUAGUAGGAGAAAAUAUUUAUUGGAAAGGCCUCGGAAAUAGGAGGGAACAAAGGAGAAUACUAACGCGAUUUCCCUUCUCUCAUUCUCAUCCGCCUCAUAUUCUCUCGUUAAUCUUAUUCUGUGCCUUAUGUAGUACGUAUUUCGUUUUGAGGAGGAAACUCGGAGGCCUUGGAAUUUGGAACUUCUUCAAAGCUCCACCAGACACGCAUGUUUGCGCGUAACAGCCUUCCCAGCUUUGAACCCUGGACUUUGCUUCCUGGUUAUAGUAAGUUUGUUUCUCUUUUGAUAGAAUCGCAGCACAUCUUCAGAUGUCGUUGAAGAAACUCGCGUCAAGCCCCUCAAACUUCAGGCUUCCUCAGCAUUUACUUCUACAGACAAUAUCCUCGAUAGAUUUCAGGUGAGACACGAAUAGAACUUCACAAAACCAUAUUUACUGUUCUAAAAUUACUCCCCCCCCCUUCCCCCUCGGAGGGCUUAUUUAUUUAAAGCCCAUUUGAACUUCCAGUUGGUAAAUAAACCAUCCCGAAUCAGUCCACACGAAGUUUCACAGUCGUGAUUGAUUAAUACAGUCUAUCAUAGUAUUAGUGAAGAAUAAUUAGGGGAGGGGAGGGGGGCUUAUUAACUUUCUUUCCCUGACGAGGAGGGGGGCUUAAUAGAGACGGGGUCCUAUUUGAGAGGGGGCGCUUAUUUAACUGAGAAAAGACGACGAUGUCAGUUCUCCAUAAAGAACUAGAAUACGAAAAAAAGUGGAAAAGCUCAUUUAGGUCAUGCAGCCGAGGAUCGGAAACAAGUCCGAACUUCCAGUUGGUAAAUAAACCAUCCCCAGGAGCCCAUCAAAUUGAUCAUUGAUCAUUGAAUUGAUCAUUUGAUGGGCUCCUGCCAUCCCGGAUCAGUCCACACGAAGUUUCACAGUAGUGAUUGAUUAAUACAGUCUAUCAUUUAUUAGUGACGAAUAAUUAGGGGAGGGGAGGGGAGGGGAGGGAAGGGGGGGGGCUUAUUAAGGGGGUGUGCGUAUUAGAGAGAGGGGACUUAUUUGAGAGGGGGUGCUUAAUAGAGGAUUUACGGUAUUCAUCUUUACUUUCCAGGCAUCUCCUCGAAUGCUUCCGAGUUCUCGCCCCAGGACUUGCUCGUUUUUAACAAGGCUCAUUGGUGGCGAUAAUCAGACGUUGUACAGACCUAUUACCAGUCCCUACACGUCCAGGAUACUGAAGCCAUUUAUCCGACGAGAUUAUGAGAGUAGACCUUUGAAGCUGAAGCUGUUGCAAGAUAUUGUCUCUCACUAUCACAGGUAUUCAUUACCAUAAAUCCUCUAUUAACCCUCUUCCCGGGGGGACUUUCAAGCGCGUUUGAGGGGGGAGGGUUUAUUGAGAGCGGUGACUCCUUGAAUUUACCGAUACGGGGGCUCUACUGUAUCGAUUCUCCAUAAAGAACUAGGACGCAAAGUGGAAAAGCUCAAGAAAAAGACGUUGGAGGUCUUGCAGCGGAAGAUAAAAACGAAUAUGACCUUUAAGCACAUGAAUAAAUCAUACCAGAUCAAUCCAUCUUUUAUUAAUUUGGUUGUGAAAAAUAAAGAGAGAGGAGAGGGCGGCUAAAAGAAAGGUGGGGGCUUUAAUAACUUUCUUCCCCUGAAAAAGAGGCAGAGCGGGGCGGGGGGGAGCUCUGUGAAGACUUGCGGUACUUUCAUAUGCAGUAUAAGGCUUAUAUUCUCUGAGCGGGGUACACAUCCCCCCUGAUGGACGGCGGGGUGUACUUUCAUACAUCAGCUAUAUACAGUACGCAACUGCUAUGCGUUAUUGACCAAGAUGGGUGGAUAUUUUCCAAGUUUCUUUUUGUGGUUUGAUGGGACCGAGGCCAAUAUUCAGGCAUCUUGACCAGUUUUUUGUUACGGGACCAACGCGGGAAAUCCCGAGCGGACAAAUGGGCCCAUACGCCCAUUCCGCCCGAGUAGCCAAUCAGAACACGGCAGGAUUGACUUCAUCUUGGCCGUUCACGAAUUCAGCCAUAUAAUAAAUGUGUGUUUUUCCAGCAGUUAUGUUUAGGUUAUGGUACAGAAAUCAAAGUGUAUUCGUCUAGAGCAAGUGAGUUAAAGCCACUGAAAAUGAGUAUAAUAAAUGUUCCUUUUUUAGGAAUGAUCCGGGUUGGAAACCACCACCUGUUGCUCCAAUUGAUUACUGCUACGUGCAACCGCAUCAUAUUCCAUCUGUAAACGCCAUGUGUAGAGAGUUCUUCUGGCCAGGAAUCGAUCGUAAGUUUUCUCAGUUUUACUUUUCUUCUUCCCCCUUCCUUCUCCCCUCCUCUUCCUCCUCCUCCUUCUCCUUCUCCUUCUCCUCCCCCCCUCCUCCUCCCCCUCCUCCUCCUCCUCCUCUGCCUCCUCCCCCUCCUCCUCCUCCUCCUCCUGCCCCUCCUCCUCCUUCUCCUCUGCCUCCUGCCCCUCCCCCUCCUCCUCCUCCUGCUCCUCCUCCCCCUCCUCCUCAUCAUCACCCUCUAUCCUCGUUAUCAUCAUCAUCGCCAUUGUCGUCAUCGUCAGCGUCGUCAUGAUCAUCCUUGCCAUCACUCCCCAUCUCCGUUAUCAUCUCCAUCAUUACCAUCACUCCGUUUUUUUUUACGCUGCAUACUAAAUCUUUCUUUGUUUAUUGUUUCUGUUUAUAGUGUCUGAAUGUCUUCAAUAUCCUGACUUCAGCUGUGUUGUCCUUUACAAGUAAGAGACAUAGAUUAAAAUGCUUUUUUUUUGGCGAACUGCGGAGCUACUAGCAGUCUAGAACGCAACUCUCUGCAGUAUCCAUAAUGCUUAUUUAAAAUGUAAUCGCAGGUCGUGUCAAGGAAAACACAUUUCACUUCACUGCGAUAUGGUAACAGCCGUUCGAUCUUAUCUUGCAGAAAAUUUGUCAUCGGUUUUGGCUUUAUGGUCCCGGAUGUGAAAUACAACGAGGCUUACAUCUCAUUCGUUUUAGUCCAUCCCGAGUGGCGCCGAGGGGGGAUUGGAACCUACAUGAUUUAUCACUUAAUUCAAACUUGCUUGGGUAAAGACGUGACACUCCAUGUAUCAGUCACGAAUCCAGCCAUGCUAAUGUAUCAGAAAUUCGGUUUCAAACCCGAGGAGUUCAUACGUGACUUUUAUAACCGAUAUUUACCCGACGAUAGUCCGCAGUGUAGGCAUGCGUUUUUUCUUCGACUUAGAAGAUAAGGAAGAAGUUUUAAAAAGCUA